AUGACACCAGAUUCAGCAGUUGCGAAGAUCUUCGUGGAGCAAAACCUCAAAGUCUAUCGCGCUCUGAGUGAUGCUGAUCGGGAUUCAGUGGCCUGCGUCGUCCAGAAGACUGUCAGCUGUGCGACAUCAAAUUGUCGACGAGAUGAUCGCAUUGAGCACCACCUACGUGAACUCACUAAGACAUUCACCGGCAUUGAGAAGCCACUAAAACGCACCUACAUGCGCGACGCUCACCGACCUUAUCAGCGCCUACAUGAGGCCUUUGCAUCCGAUCGCGUGAACAUCGAAGUCGUAAAUCAUCUCCUGCUCAGCUAUCAGUCCAACCCGUCCGAGUGGCGAAAAUUUGCGUUCGAUCGUUUUAGAUACACUCGCAAUCUGGUUGACGCUGGCAAUGGAAAGUUCAAUCUGAUGAUCCUCUGCUGGAAUGAAGGACAUGCUUCGGCUAUCCACGACCAUGCUGACUCACACUGUUUCAUGAAGAUGCUCAAAGGACAAUUAACGGAGGUGCGUUUCGCAUGGCCCAAAGAUAAGACUGUGAACGAAGAUAGCAUAGCCCACAUUGGAAACGAUAACGGUUCGGACGAAAUCGAGUACGAUGGCGAAGAGUUGGAGGAAAUCUCCCGAUCCUCAUUGGAGACAAAUGGAGUGUGCUACAUUAACGAUAAUCUUGGGCUUCAUCGAGUUGAGAACCCAAGCCACUCAGACGUUGCUGUAUCGCUGCACUUAUACUGUCCCCCCUUUGACACGUGCUCUAUCUUCAACAAGCAGAAUGGCAAACGCACCAAGUGCAAGGUUACUUUCUGGAGUAAAUACGGCAAGAGACAAGCUCAGGACAACUAGACGCAAACCGGCACGAUGUUCAACUCUGCUUUCAACUGACUGUGAAAAGCUUCAAAAGCACGGAUGUAUAAGAGUGAGAUUUGAAUGAAUUUCUAGCAUUCAAGCCUUUUUAAAUCUAAAGUUAUAGGAUUAGAAAUGUUUGUUUUAUUAUAAAGAUAUAAACAGUUUUAUAUCUUAACAUUUUCAAUCAUUGCAUUUAAUUUUGUAUAUGUAAUUUAAGAUAAAUAAAUAAAAACAGGCUACAAAA